CUCAAAGAUAAGACCGUUUCCCCAGUAGAGACCAAAUCUGUCGGAACCAAGUUCACUUAGACCGACACCGUACAGCGAGAUGGAUUUGUACACUAUAUCCCUUCUGCUGUUGGCUGUUGCAAUUGCCCCGACUUAUUCUCAAACGACUGCAUGUCAAGCUUACCAUUCUGGGACAUGCAUCAAUCUCUUGAGUGGAACUUCACACUGCGGAGCUGGAAAUCACCUUGUCCUUAGUUACUGUGGGUUUCUCGAAGCCUGCUGCUAUGGUGCUCAGCAAACCGCUGCAACACCAGCUCCCACACAUGCGCCAUCACACGGAACCGGAAGUGGAUCAGGAUCAACAGGAUCGUCGGGUUCCUCAAAUGGUCAGUGUGGUGUCCCCAGUGUAUCCGGAAAUCACAAGAUAGUUGGUGGCACCGUCGCCACACAUGGAGAAUAUCCCUGGCAGGUGUCGCUCCGAUACGGAGGCCAUCAUAUGUGUGGUGGUACCCUGAUCGACAAUCAAUGGGUCGUCACUGCCGCUCACUGCUUCCAGGACACACAGAAUAACUACUGGACCGUGGCAGUUGGUGUUCAAGACCGCGGCCAUAUAUAUAGAAGUCAGAUCCACACCGCUGUUCGUGUGAUUGUACACGAACAUUACGAUCAUGCUCAUAACCAUAACGACAUCGCCCUGAUCAAACUAGACAAACCUGUCGAUACUACAACAACAUACGUGAAGACAGCCUGCCUGCCAGAACCUAAUGAAGACUUCGACAACGCCGUGUGUACUGCUACAGGAUGGGGCGCGACACACAGCGGUGGACAGGGGACUCAAUAUCUUAAGGAAGUGGACGUCCCUAUCAUUACUAACAGCAUGUGUAAAUACUACAUGGGUAACAUUAUCUACUCUUCCAAUCUUUGUGCCGGAUACAGUCAGGGCGGAAAGGACGCUUGUCAG